UGGUUGUGCCUCACUCACAUUGGUGUCCCCCCUUCCUACGUUCCCGUUUAGCCUUCCCGCUUCUGCACAGCUCGACCCGGCUAAAGCCAUCCAGCCUGCCCCUUGUGUGUCUGUUUGCCCCUUGUGAGCAGCAUGUCUGAAUACGGCGCUCUGCCGACUAACGGAGUCGGCGCUGGAAUGAAAACUGACGCGUUUGCUGAUGCUGUACAACGAGCCAGACAGAUUGCAGCUAAAAUUGGUGGAGACGGGGUUCCCUCAGCGAGUAACAACGGAGGAGCUGAGAGUUAUCCAUUCACGGCACAGAAACGAUCCUUGGAAGAAGCAGAUGAACCCAGUGCCAAGAAGGUUGCAUCACAGAGUGAAAGAGAUCCUGCAUUGUCUAUUGGAGCUCAGCUGGCUGCCCUGUCCCAACAAAGUGCCAGGCCCUCCACAAUGACAGAAGAGUACAGAGUGCCUGAUGGCAUGGUCGGUCUCAUCAUCGGCCGAGGAGGUGAACAGAUUAACAAAAUACAACAGGAUUCUGGCUGCAAGGUCCAGAUUGCUCAUGACAGUGCAGGUCUUCCAGAAAGAGGUGUUUCUCUGACAGGGUCAGCAGAUGCCAUACAGAGAGCCAAGGCACUUAUAGAUGACAUAGUGUCCAGAGGUCACGAGUCAACCAAUGGGCAGGCAGGUUCCAUGCAGGAGAUGAUCAUCCCUGCAGGCAAGGCCGGCCUUAUUAUAGGCAAAGGAGGAGAGACCAUCAAACAGCUACAGGAGCGAGCUGGGGUUAAAAUGAUCCUUAUUCAAGAUGGAUCCCAGCCACCAAAUGUAGAUAAACCCCUACGCAUCAUCGGAGACCCCUACAAAGUGCAGCAAGCAAAAGAGAUGGUCAAUGAGAUUCUUCGAGAAAGGGAUCACAGCGGGUUUGGAGAUAGGAACGAAUACGGAUCAAGGAUGGGAGGUGGCAUCGAUAUAGCUGUUCCUCGCCACUCUGUGGGAGUUGUGAUUGGACGUAGUGGGGAGAUGAUUAAGAAGAUCCAGAGCGACACUGGCGUGAAGAUACAGUUUAAACCAGAUGAUGGUACGGGUCCUGAUAAAAUAGCUCAUAUUAUGGGUCCACCAGACCAGUGUCAGCAUGCUGCUUCAGUCAUCACUGACCUGCUACAGAGCAUCCGUGCCAGAGAGGAGGGUGGGCAGGGGGGCCCCUCAGGUCCUGGUUCAGGGAUGCCACCGGGUGGACGAGGGCGGGGUAGAGGCCAGGGGAGCUGGGGUCCUCCAGGAGGAGAGAUGACCUUCUCCAUUCCUGCUCACAAAUGUGGGCUUGUCAUUGGCAGAGGAGGAGAGAAUGUCAAGUCCAUCAACCAGCAGACUGGUGCGUUUGUGGAAAUAUCUCGUCAGCCGCCACCAAACGGUGACCCAAACUUCAAACUCUUCACCAUCCGAGGGUCCCCGCAACAGAUUGACCACGCAAAACAGCUCAUAGAAGAGAAGAUUGAGGCUCCAUUGUGUCCAUUGGGUGGUGGUCCUGGUCCAGGAGGUCCAGGUGGCCCAAUGGGUCCUUAUAAUCCCAACCCAUAUAAUGCAGGGCCUCCUGGUGUUGCUCCCCAUGGAGCUGCACCUGGUGGUCCCCAGUACUGUCCUCAGGGUUGGGGAAAUACCUACCAGCAGUGGCAAGCCCCAGGUCCACAUGACCCCAGUAAAGCAGCAACAGACCCAAAUGCAGCAUGGGCAGCGUACUAUGCACAGUAUUAUGGCCAGCAGCCAGGGGGCGCCAUGGCAGGUCAGACUCCAGGAGCCCCUGUAGCAGCAGCAUCAGGGGAUCAGAGCCAAGCAGCACAAACCUCUGGAGGCCAGCCAGACUACACCAAGGCUUGGGAGGAGUACUAUAAGAAGAUGGGCAUGACCCAGCCAGCUGGAGGGGCAGCUGCUGCUCCAGCUGCCACAGCAGCAGCAGGAGGAGCUGCAGCUGGAGGCCAGCAGGACUACAGUGCAGCCUGGGCUGAGUACUACAGACAGCAGGCUGCCUAUUAUGGACAGGCAGGGCAGGCGCCUGGACAGGCAGCUGCCCAACAGCAGGGACAACAGGCCCAGUAAACGAGUGGGUUGAUCUGUUGGACGGUUGCGAUGGUUCUCUGGACUUGUUUGUUUUUUCUGUCAAGAGAUUUCCUCUUUGGCUUUAAUAAGACAAGAUCAUGGUUUCUCAUCCACCCAGACAUUUUCUAUUCCAAACCUCCUUGUUUGUUUUUUAAAGUCAAAAUUGAAGAAAGGAAAAAGGGAAUACAUUUUUUUCCAUUUGCAUUGAACAAAGCACUAAAUAACUACUUAGGUUACUGUUUGGUCUACCCCUUCACCUCACCCCCACCUUGUAAUACAUCUGAUAAUU